GUCCACAGUUGGUUUUUCCCUGUUGUAGAUUUCAACAGCUUUCAGUCUGAUGGCAACAGCCUCCAUGAUGGAGUACGAGUGUCUGGGAUUGCUCCAGAGGGUUGCCCACUACAGAGGAGGAAGAAUGAAUAGAAUUAACAUUGACCCAUCAGUUUGGUUUAGAUUACCAGUGAAUAAAGAUGAUGCACAAGGUUACUUCGAUUUGAUUCAGCACCCAAUGGAUUUUUCAACCAUCCAAGGGAAAAUAAAGAGUGGUCAGGACUUUCAUACAGACAUGCUCCUCGUCAGAGAUAAUUGUGUGAAUUACAACAGAGAUCCAGCAAGUCAGAUUCGGGCUGACUGUGACACUGUCUUUGGCUUCUACACUGUGGAGUAUGAUAAACUGAAGAGCAGGAAACCAGCAAAGAAAAAAGCUACCGGAACUGGCUAGGAUAUCGGGAUGUAUAGGCGUGCACAGAAAGAGGCAAAACUUGACAUGGCCCAUGCCAGUGCCAUGAAAGUGGUGCAAAGCCAGGUUGAGAAGCUGGAUGAUGACAUCAGGGAAAAGGAAGAGUGUAUUCGUGAUUUGACUGCUGAGAUCGAAUGGAAGGAAAGACUGAGAGCUGAAUUUGUACCCCCUGUUAAACUAGACCAAUAUGUUCAGGUAGAGAUGAAAUCGAAACUACGGUGUGUGACGAACCCGACCCGAGUUCUGCCAAACGACUCUGCGAGAUGCUACCUGAGCAACACAACCAUGACCAAACGAGUUGACGAAACAUGCAAGGCAUUGGAACCAAUUCAUGGAGCUGAUUCCAAAUGGUUAAAAAAGCAGAGAAGGGAGCCAUUCAAAAGUACUAUUCAAAUUUAUCGAGACCCAAGGAAGGCAGAGUAACAAAGCAUAAGGAACGGGUAACUGAAGUAAAUGUGGUCCGGUGUGUCAAAUACAUGUAUCGUAAUGGUUCAAUAUCCAGUCGAAAAUACACUUCAUUGCGGCAGGCACAUCAAUAGCCACUGGUGUAUAAUGCAGGAAAAUGAUAUUUGUUGUAUUGUUGUACAAGGAUUCAUAUUUGCCAGAUUUACAUAGAUUAUCAAAAGGAAAGGAGUUCAGUUGUAAAUUGGUUGAUUGAAAAACAUGUCCAAAUGUCAAGUUUUGAAUGCUCAAUUUUA